CAACAAGGCACCCAUAAGUAUUCAUUUGGGAAAUAUUAUCUACUCAAACUGUGAAGCUGCAUGCAAGGAUGACGUCCACAGCUGUUUGGGUGAUGUUAGUGUGUAUACUACAAACAUCUCAAGUCCUAUGUCAGGGAAAUGUUUGUCGAGAGCCUCUUAUUACUGGUGAGAAGUACAGAGUGGAGGAUGAACAGAUCACAGCCAGUUCAAUCUUCUCUGAAGACUACCCCCCUCACAAGGCUAGGCUGGGGGGAAUGGAAUGGUGUGCACAAGAAGGUUUGGGUAUUGGCGCUUGGAUUCAAGUCGAUUUCAGAGAAAAUGUCAUAAUUCAAGAGCUACAGAUAGAGGGAGAUGGAGGAGAAUUCCAGUACUACCUCACUCAGUUUACAAUAGAGUAUGGUCCUAACAGUGACCAGUUGAGCAGCAUUCUCCAACCUAAUUCCACUGACCCGAUGGUCUUCACUAGACCAGACUCUCCCGAUGUCAGCACCACAGUCCUACCCAACCCCCUCACCACUCGAAUAUUGAGGAUUGUAGGUGUGGCAUUCUUUGGAGGAGCAGUGCUUUGUUUGGACCUGGAGGCAAUCGGCUGUGUCCUACCUCCAGUAUGUCGAGAGCCUCUUAUUACUGGUGAGAAGUACAGAGUGGAGGAUGAACAGAUCACAGCCAGUUCAAUCUUCUCUGAAGACUAUCCCCCUCACAAGGCUAGGCUGGGGGGAAUGGAAUGGUGUGCACAAGAAGGUUUGGGUAUUGGCGCUUGGAUUCAAGUCGAUUUCAGAGAAAAUAUCAUAAUUCAAGAGCUACAGAUAGAGGGAGAUGGAGGAGAAUUCCAGUACUACCUCACUCAGUUUACAAUAGAGUAUGGUCCUAACAGUGACCAGUUGAGCAGCAUUCUCCAACCUAAUUCCUUCCAACCAAUGGUCUUUACUAGACCAGACUCUCCCAGUGUCAGCACGACAGUCCUACCCAACCCCCUCACCACUCAAAUAUUGAGGAUUGUAGGUGUGGCAUUCUUUGGAGGAGCAGUACUUUGCUUGGACCUGGAGGCAAUCGGCUGUGUCCUACCUCUAGAUGCUACCACCACAGAUACCACACAAAUUACAUCAACAAACUUCCCCCAACGAACGGAUGACACUAUGACUGGGAACACAGGAGCUAUUGUGGGAGGGUCAGUGGGUGGAGCUACCUUCGUACUUGUGAUCUUAAAUGUCACUAUCAUUAUACUAGUGUGCCUACUAGUUAAAAGGAAUAAGGGGAGAAAUAUCAGGACAGAGGCCACGACUGGAUCCAAUACUGUGCAGAUUGCUGAAAAUGAGACAAAUUCAGAAGAGACCCGGGCACCCAAUACCCUAGAAAACAUGGGUGAAGUCUACUCAGAACCUACGGCAAUAGCCUAUGAGCCAAUUGCAAUUACAACUUUAAAUCCACCCAACAUGUAUACACAAGCAAAUACCAUAAACAAUGUGGAGGAGAGGGAUGGUGAUAUGACUCAGUACAUUGCUUUUGGGAAAUUGGUGGAGAAUGGAGCUACUAGUUUACCAGAGACAGAGGAUGGAUACGAACUUGUGUGGUUGUGACAUGUGCUCUCAAGUUGGACAUAAUGAGAAGUACUUCUACUCAGGCGGCUAUUUUAUAAUUGUUUAACAACCAUUUUAAAUAUGCUGCUCAGUUAAAAUGGGAAUUUUACUUCAGCAUAAAUUCAUAUCGUGUUCAUUAACAAUAUUGUUUGGUC